AACCCGAAAAAAUAAAUAUCAAACCCGCCCGCCCUCCAACCCCCUUCAAAUCAAACCAUCGCAGGAAAUUGAAGCAAAAGAAUUGAAAUCCGAGAAGAUUAAAAGCGUGGCAAUGGACAAGAGAGCAUUAUACCGGGCAAAGCUGAAGGAACAGAAGCAGAAGCGAAUUGAUUCCCCUCUUGUAAGGUUCAAUGAGCAUGAUCAGCCUGUAUGUAGAGUUUGUAAUGUUGUUCUGAAAUCUGAAUCUCAAUGGCCUGGACAUCAAGCUUCUCGUAAACAUCAUGAGGCAAUAAAUAAUCUCAAAGCUAAUGCUGCUGCAGCGAAAAACCCAAACAAUGUAAAAAGCGAGCCUCCAAAGGAGCUGCCUAAAACUAAGCCUGAAAUUUCUGAGGGUGUAAGCCGUAAAGAACUUGAACCUUCUGCUGCAAUAUCCAAACCUCGUGCAUCAUCUAUGCUUCCUCCCAAUUUUUUUGACCAGCAAGAGACAAAGAGGCCAAAAAUUGAGAAAGAUUCAGCUAGGUUGGGAGACCAUGUAUCGAACAGAGAUCCUGCAGUUUCAGAUCACACUGAAGAGGUUGAACCGUUUUUGGCAAGGUCUAGCAUUCAGGGCCUAUCUACUUCCAAGAAUGCUGAGACUAGAAGCACGGAAAAUCAGCGAUCUGGUGAAAAUGGACCGAUGUCAAAAGUGAGUUCUGGUUCAGACGCCAAUCCGGUCAAAGGAGCUCUCCCUGCAGGUUUCUUUGACAACAAAGAUGCCGACUUACGUGCUCGUGGUAUUACACCGGUCAAACCAGAUGUCAAGGAUGAGUACAAAGAAUUUGAGAAGUUAAUCCAAGAAGACUUAAAAGAGGUCGACAACCGUUUAGAAGAAGAGGAGAUUGAUGCUGCAGAAAUGAUUGAAGAGGAAGUAUCUGUCGAACAGAGGGGCUAUAGGGAAAGACUGGAGAUGUUGAGAAGGAAGAAGAUGGAAGCUAAGGCUGCUAAGUCUUCGCUAGGCAGCAAAGAAAGUAAGGUUGCAAAUAAGGAGUCUAGUGAUGACGAAUCAUCAAGUGAUGGUGACAGUGAUGAGAAUCUUACUGUGGACUGGAGGGCUAAACAUUUGUGAAGAUAAGGUUUUGACUACUUCUGCAAGUCAACAAGAGAAAGAACCAAAUUCAUUUGUAUCUGUACUCUUUUGGCAAUAGGUAAUAUGAUUGUUGAGGAAAGAGGUGAACAAGUCGAGAAUGGAAGAAACAAUACUGUGCUAAACAAGUCGAUAAUAGAGGAAACGAAGAGUGUCAUGUUGUUCAGUGUCUGCUAAAGAAAUUUUGUACUCUUAUGAAUACAUUUCGAAAAUUGUCAGCAAAUCUACUUUCAUAUUCUUCGUAUUCACACAUAUUGAGGCAAUGAGGUUCUUCCUUUGCACAUA